UGGUCUCAUCUAUAAAACAAAACCACAUAUUCUUUCUUGUAUCCAUAAACAGUAUUCCACUUGUAAAAAAUUCGAAACAAUGGCAGAUGCAGUUGACCACCUCGCACCACGACGAUAUGCUUUGGUUAGUGGCGCCAACAGAGGAAUUGGAUUGGAAAUAUGCAGGCAGUUAGCAUCGAAAGGAAUAGUGGUGAUAUUAGCAGCAAGAGAUGAAAAGAGAGGCAUUGAAGCAAGAGAAAGUCUCAAGGAAUUUGGUAAUGUGUUUUUUCAUCAACUAGAUGUUGCCGAUGCUGAUAGUGUUGCUGCUGUUGCUGAUUUCGUAAGGAAUCAAUUCGGAAGGCUUGAUAUUCUGGUGAAUAAUGCUGCAAGUUUAGGACUAAAGAUUGAUGGAGAUGUGUUGGUUCUUCAUGAGCAAAUAGAAGCAGAUGUUGCUACAGUUUCAUCUGGACAGCUACAAGAAUUGGUGCAUCCGAAAGCAAAGGGAACACUUAUCGAGACAUUCGAGUCGGCACAAGAAUGCAUCAACACAAACUACUAUGGUUUAAAAAGAGUAACCCAAGCCCUCAUUCCUCUCUUACAGCUAUCUGAAUCACCAACAAUUGUCAAUGUCUCCUCCACAUUAGGGAGCUUAGUGCUUCAGCCCAAUGAAUGGGUAAAAGGGGUUUUGAGCAGUGAAGAUGGGCUGAAGGAAGAGAGAAUAGAUGAAGUUGUGCAAGAAUAUCUCAAAAACUUCAAGGAGGGUACAUUGAGAGACAACAAGUGGCCUCUUCACAUUUCAGCCUACAAAGUGUCCAAGGCAGCUGUGAAUGCCUACACUCGGCUUAUGGCCAAAAAACACGACACUUUCUACAUCAAUUCCGUGUGCCCUGGUUACACGAGAACGGAACUCACCCACAAUCUUGGUGUACUUACUGAUGCCGAAGGUGCAGAGGCUCCGGUGAAGCUGGCCCUAGCGCCAGAAGGAGGCCCCUCCGGCUCCAUCUUCUUCCGGGCGGAAGUCUUGUCAUUGUUCUAGACGUACUAGUCUCUUAUUGUUAUUGUUAUUGUUAUUGUUAUUGUUAUUGUUAUUAUACUUUGAGUAUGUGUGUAUGAAAAUAAAAGGAGUAACACUUUGAGUGUUAUGUUA